UUUGCCCCCUCCCUGGUGGCAGUUCCUGAGAAGUAUGUGCUUGUUCCAGACACCACACUGCUGACUUGUGCUGCCAUGGCGCUAAGUAAAGGUCUGAAGCUGCAUGUGAAGCAGGACCCUGCCUGUUACAGUUUGCUGCUGGAGUCCCGCAGCAGGGAGGACUGCCUGCUCUUUGAGUCCGGAACGGUGGCCACCCUCACUCCUGAUGAAAAGGAGUCAAUUAAAGGUCAGUAUGAACGUCUUCAGGAAGCCUAUGGAUGUCUGGGUGAGCUCCGUCUAAAAUCAGGAAAUGUACAGUUGCACUUCCUUGUCUUAGUAACUGGAUGUACCUCUGUGGGACGAAUUUUAGAUGCUGAAGUUUACAAAAUUACAGCCACUGAAUUCUGUCCUCUCCAAGAAGAAACCAAAGAAGAGGAGCGUGUUACAGCUCUCAGGAAAAUCCUUAAUUCAGGGAUGUUUUAUUUUUCUUGGCCAAACACAGGAUCAAACUUUGACCUUACUGUGCGGGCCCAAAAACAAGCUAGUGAUACAAUUUAUGAGCCUGGAAAUUGGUUCUUCUGGAAUAGGCUGCUGCAUGUGCCUUUGAAACACUAUCAAGUGAACUGCUCUGACUGGCUGCUGAAGGUUAUCUGUGGAGGCGUUGAAAUCCGUACAGUAUAUGCUUCUCAUCGAAAAGCCAAAGCUUGCCUUAUCUCACGGAUAAGCUGUGUACGUGCUGGUGCCAGGUUUCACAUCCGAGGAGUAGACGAUGAUGGACAUGUUUCCAACUUUGUUGAGACUGAGCAGACAAUUUACAUGGAUGAUGCAGUUUCCUCCUUUGUGCAGAUCAGAGGGUCUGUACCAAUGUUCUGGGAGCAACCAGGGCUGCAGGUUGGCUCUCAUCAUCUUAAACUCACUAGAGGAUUGGAGGCGAAUGCUCCAGCAUUUGACAGACAUAUAAUGCUAUUGAAAGAACAGUACGGGAAGCAAGUCAUUGUUAACCUUCUGCGGAGUAAAGGAGGAGAGGAAGUUCUAAGCCGUGCCUUCAAGAAAUUACUUUGGGCAUCUCUGCAUGCUGAAGAUGUACCAAUGAUAAACUUCGACUACCAUCAGAUUGUGAAAGGUGGGAAAAUUGAGAAGCUGGAGAAUUUGCUCAAGCCCCAGCUGAAGCUGAAUUUGGAAGAAUUUGGGGUGUUCACAAGUGGUGUUAACUUACCGCCUAGGUUUCAAAAAGGUGCAUUUCGGAUGAAUUGCUUGGAUUGCUUGCAUCGGACAAACAGUGUUCAAGCAUAUAUUGCCCUUGAGGUGCUUCAAACACAACUGCAGAGUCUUGCAUUGCAUGAGAUGAAGUCUGUGGUUGAUCGAUUUAUUGAAUCUUACAAGUCUAUGUGGGCUGCCAAUGGACACAACCUGAGCAUGAUAUUUACGGGAAGUAGAGCUUUGGAAGGAAAAGCUAAGGUAGGAAAACUAAAAGAUGGAGCGCGGACUGUGUCCAGAACCAUACAGACCAAUUUCUUUGAUGGUGCAAAGCAAGAAGCAAUUGAUUUGCUUCUCAUGGGAGAUUUCUUCAGUGAAGAAUAUGCAGAUGAAGGGAGAAUGCUGAUGGACAGCUCAGCCCUUCUAGUGACUCCCAGUGUCUUAAAGUCCAUGGCAGAACGACAGUUUGAAUAUACAAAUUUUAAAAGAAUUCGUGUUGCCAUGGGGACGUGGAAUGUUAAUGGAGGAAAGCAAUUUCGAAGCAAUAUCCUCAGUACCAGUGAACUCACAGACUGGCUUCUUGAUGCUCCAAAGCUCUCUGGACUUCCUGAUUUUCAGGAUGACGACAGCAAUCCCCCAGAUAUAUUUGCUGUGGGAUUUGAGGAAAUGGUUGAACUGAAUGCUGGGAACAUUGUCAAUGCAAGUACAACAAACAAGAAGAUGUGGGCAGAGCAAAUUCAGAAGGCUCUCUCCAGAUCUCAUCGAUAUAUACUUCUGACUUCCGCCCAGCUCGUGGGGGUCUGCCUUUUUGUGUUUGUAAGACCGUACCACAUGCCCUUUAUCAGAGAUUUGGCAGUGGACUCGGUGAAGACUGGAAUGGGAGGAAAAGCUGGCAACAAAGGAGCAGUAGCCAUCCGCUGCCAGUUUUACAGCAGCAGUUUCUGUUUUAUUUGUAGUCACUUCACUGCUGGUCAAAACCAGGUGAAAGAACGAAAUGAAGACUACAAGGAGAUCACCCAGAAACUGAGCUUCCCAAUGGGAAGGAAUGUGUUUUCACACGACUAUGUUUUCUGGUGUGGAGAUUUCAACUACCGCCUGGAUCUGUCCUACGAGGAAGUUUUUUAUUUCAUUAAACGUCAAGACUGGAAAAAACUCCUCGAAUCUGAUCAGCUUCAGCUUCAAAAAGCCUCUGGGAAAGUCUUUAAAGACUUCUAUGAAGGAACUAUUCAUUUUGGGCCAACGUACAAGUAUGACAUUGGCUCAGAAGCAUAUGAUACAAGUGAAAAGUGUCGGACACCAGCAUGGACUGACAGAGUACUGUGGUGGAGAAAGAAAUUACCUUUUGAAAAAUCUGCCAGAGACAUUAAUCUUCUAGACAGCGAUGUGGACAUCAAUACCAGACCAAGGCAUAUGUGGACCCCAGGAGCUCUGAUGUAUUAUGGCAGAGCGGAACUUCCAUCUUCUGACCACAGGCCUGUGCUUGCUAUUGUGGAAGUGGAAGUCCAAGAGGUCGACGUAAUUUCCAGAGAGAGAAUUUUCCAAGAAAUAACCACGUCUCAGGGUCCUUUGGAUGCCACAGUGGAGGUUCAUAUAAUUUCCCCAACACCUGAAGAAAAGGCAGAGUUUCCUGAAGACAUUAGUGCUGAAUUGGUGGAGACAUUUCAGAACUAUGGCAUUGUAGUCCUUGUCCGAUUAAUAAGAGGACAGAUGAUAGUCACGUUUGCAGAUAGUAGGACAGCAUUGAGUGUUCUUGAUCUGGAUGGCAUGAAGGUAAAAGGAAAAUGUGUUAAAAUACGACCUAAAACUGAGGAUUGGCUGAAAGGUCUUCAAGAAGAAAUUGCUCGGAAUAGAGACAGUAUUGCCCCAAUGUCACCAAAUGCUAAUUCUUGUCUGCUGGAGGAAAACUUUGAUUUUUCUAAUAUAGAUUAUGACUCUGAAGGUGAAUUAAUGGAUGAUGACUCAGAUUACCAAGUACCUCAGCAUCUAGUGACUGAUAGGCCUGUAGCAGCUGAUGAUCUGUCAGAGGGAAAUGAACAUCUGGUUUCAGCAGUGACCUCUUCAACUAAAACUGCCAGUGUUCAUGUGAAGAAACCACAUUCAUUCAAAGAUGAUGAAGACCUCCUGAACCUAAAGAAAGAACUGGAGGCUGUUAGUGAAUUUCGCCCUCGAUCACCAAGCAGGUCAUUGUCUGUGCCUCGUGCUCGUCCUCCACAGAGACCACCACCUCCAAAAAAUAAUCCUCAAUCCCACGUUCCUCAAGCCACCAAACUUCUUCCUGGAGCUCCACAGCUUCCUCCCAAAGGAAAAACUGGCAUCAGCAAACCUUAUAAUGUGAAGCAGAUUAAAACUACUACCACAAAGGAAGCUGAAGAGGCGAUUAGGUGGCUAAUGGAUACCAGCAAAGAGAAACUAAAUGAGCAACCCAAAAUAAGUCUGUGCCGCAAUCAGAGUUUUCCAAAGACAGAACCAAAGUCUGUGUCUGUAAAGGCAUCAAGUGCACAUUUUCUGGAUAGAGAACCAGUGCUGGUGCCACACAGACCACCACCUAAGGUCCCAUCUCAUAAGCCAGUUGCUUUGAAGAGAUCUGGAGUCAAGUCAGAACCUUCUUUUAAAGUACAACCGAACAAAGGUGAGCAUGAAGACAGAUGUUCAGAUGCCAUAAGUACUUCACAAGGUUCUCCAAAACCACAGCCUCAUGUGGACAGCAUGACCAGUGUGAUAUCUUCAAGACCUCCGCCUAGAGUCCCUCUAGGUCCAAAACUCGACCCUUGUUUGAAUGCAAUCGACUCUGAAAUGCCUACAAACAUUACUCCCAAACAAGACCUUAAUGAAUGUGGGAUUGACUUGGGAAAACCUGACAUAAUCCCUGCAGAAACUAACCUGGAGCCAUUUGUUACAACUGAAAAUCCUUUAAUCCAUGUAAAGGUACCCUCAAGCCAUAAAGCACAACUUGAUGCAAAUAUAAUGGAUUCUGAAAGUCCGCUUAAAGUAAUAUCUGCACCUAAAUCAGAUGUUGCUGUUGACCUAAUUAACUUUGAAAUGGCACCUACACCUUCCUCAUCAGAUAUCAGCUGCUCUACAGAUGGAUCAUUAUCUAUAACAGUCCCCAAACAAGACCUAAGGGUGGACUUUGUGGAAUCUGGUAAUCCGGGAAACGUACGUCCUGUACCAAAACCAAGAACUCUUCUUCCCUCUCAGACUGCAAAAUCUCAAAGCAAACCGAGUGAUAAAUUACCAUCUACUACUCAAACUAACCACACUUGUGAUGAGAUGUCCAACAAUAACAGCUUUGCUCCAACUGUCCCACCACGGAGAAAGAAGUCGGCUCCUGCUGCUUUUCACCUACAGGUUUUACAAAGCAACAACGGCCUAUUUUGCGGUGAAGUGACUUUAAACAGCAAUAAUAACAAUAGUCCCAGCGGAGCGUCAUUAGUUAGCGGGUGUAUUGAAAAUACAACUCGCUCCAUUACAAGGACGCAGGAGAAUGAUAUCUCUUUUACCCACAUAUCUCAGUCUGUUGAUUUACAAGAAGGCCGGCCUUCUGAUGGAUUGGAUUUGUUAGAUUUAAGUGCAGAUGGGAUAUUUCUUUGCUCCGCAGAUGAUUCGUCCAACGAACAGUUUAUUGACGACUGGUUAAAGAAACCUGAUGGAGAAAAUGGCAAAAAAAUGAUUUCAAAAGAGAACUGGGAGUCGCCUUGGUGACUACUCAUGCUCUGCCAUUAUUUGUGCAUUUACAGAGAAAAUGCUUAUAUCAUUCCACAUCCUGUUUCUGACGAAAGAUGACAUACACUCCUCUAAUGUCAGAACAAAUAAGCAAAAUGCUCUAGUGACUAUUACAAGAGCACCAGUUCAAAAAGGACAAACUCGUUAAUUCAUAUUCAAAAAGGUAUACAGUUGUGAGACAUCUGACAUAGAAUAUGAGGCUGACACCAAACCAUUAAAAGAAAGCACAAAUUAAUCUUCUCUUUGCUUUAAAAAUAUCACAUUUAUGGAAUGAAAUAAAAGCCUUUCUCUAUUGUUGCCAAA